ACACGGGAAGAGAGUUUGUGGAGAGAGUGUGUUGUGUUUUAUCGACACUUCUGGAUUCAGCAGUAGUGUAGUAGCUAUAGCUUGAGGAGGCAUCGCUUGUGGAAAGAAGGGUCCACUAAGACACGUAAAUAUCAAGAAGGCCAUCAGAUAUUUGCUGGAAAAUAAAAGUGGGGAAGGGAAAAGAAAAUUCAAUAAAUAGGGACAAAGAGGAAGGGCAAAUAAAGGACCUUUUGACCCAAAGAGUUGACGUCUGUCUGGGUGCACAAUGGUGUCUUUUGGACUUGAACUGGUCGGUGUUAUUCUGGCAGUGCUCGGCUGGGUGCUGAGUGUGGUCAGCUGUGCCUUGCCAAUGUGGAGGGUCACCGCCUUCAUUGGCGCCAAUAUUGUCACAGCACAGGUGUACUGGGAGGGCCUGUGGAUGAGCUGCGUGUUCCAGAGCACAGGGCAGAUGCAGUGUAAGGUCUACGACUCCAUGCUGGCUUUACCUCAGGACCUGCAGGCUGCCAGGGCGCUCACCGUCGUCUCCAUCAUUGUGGGGGUGGUGGCUCUUCUAAUCGCUAUGGUGGGAGCCAAGUGCACCAACUGCAUCGAGGAUGACGGUGUUAAAGCAAGGGUGAUGGCCUCCUCGGGCGGGGCGUUCAUCACAGCUGCUGUGGCCCAGAUGGUGCCUGUUUCCUGGUCAGCAAACACCAUCAUAGUGGAGUUUUACAGUCCAAUCGUCCCCUCCGGUCAGAAGAUGGAGAUCGGGGCAGCACUGUACCUGGGCUGGGCUGCCGCAGCCCUGCUGCUGAUUGGUGGGUGCAUCCUCUGCUGCAGUUGCCCUCCACAGGAAGACAAACCAACGAGGUACGGCGUGCACCCUCAGAGUCGUAUAGCAUACUCCGCCGCACCAAGGUCAACCGCUCAAAGCUCCUACAACAGGAAGGACUAUGUGUGAGGGAAGAGGACAGGACUGAGGAUUAACGAUAAAGAAUACUAUUACUAAUUUCAUUUGUAUCAUGCUUUUUUGUACAUUUUCAGGAAAUGUGUACAGAAAUGCUGCUAAUUAAUUAUUUUGGUUUAACCAAUUGUUCACUAGAAAACGAUGGCCAAACCAGGUGGUUUUUGUGGAUAUUUAGGACCCUAAAUAUGUGUAAAUAUUAAGUUUCCUUGAUACUUUUGAAAGAUAAAAUUGGAAGCUCUAGGUGUUUGAUGGUAUUGUUUACAUUUACUAUUGGUCGAAAACUAGCGGAGAUAAAAUCAAAUUUGAAAAGAUGUGACCAAACAUGGUAAGACAUGGAGAGACCAACAAAUGUGAUCCAUGUGGUCAGUUCAGCAACGAGACUUUAUCCCAUAUAUUUAUUAUUUGUGCUUAUAACAUUUAUGUUGUGAAUUUUCCUCAUUGUGCUGAUCAUUGUGUACAUAUCAAGUAUCAUACUGUCAACUACUGCAAAGCAAAAAGCGAUACUGUUGGGACUGUUUUGCGUCUGUAAUGAGUUUUGUUUUCUAAGGGAAUACUAUUUUUCUUGUUAUUAUUGCAAAAAAAUAGACAUAGGUUGAGUCACAGAUGGGAAACAUACAGCAAGGUCAACAUGGUGUUGUGGACUUGUAAAAUGAACAUCUGGUUGGGUGAUAUUUAAGUGAUUUAAGUUGUUUUGUCUGUAUCACAUUCCACAGAGCAUUAUGUGUCUGUGUUUAGACAUUUUCUACAAAGGUUGAUGCUUUUAUAUAACAUGUCUUUUGUUGUAUUAACCUUGUAUGUGACAUUGUAACAUUGUAAAUGAGAGGGAAAUUAAAGUUUUUUUAAAAUGUG